AUGAGAACAAAGCCGAUUUUAACUUUUUCGAAGUUGGAUGAGGAGACUGGGGAAAUGCUGGACAGAAUGUUCGAGAAAAAAGAUUGUAUGGUCGAAAUUAAUCCGGGACGCGUGAUACUACCAGCUGACUAUAUGACCAUAGGUCAAGAUAUACUGGACAUGGAAGUGCUGGAAGACGAUGUUUGGAUGUGUUCGUAUCCAAGGACCGGAUCAACAUGGGCUCAGGAGAUGGUAUGGCUGAUUGGUCACGAUUUGGACUACGAAGGAGCCAAGUCACUGCAACAAAUCCGUUGUCCACUAGUCGAGUUGUCUUGCAUCAUGGUGGACGGGCAUGCGCAGUGGCAUGAGGAGUCAGUGCAGGGUACCUCGGUGGACCUGGUGAAGCACCGGUUGGCGCAUCCCCGUUACAUCCGCAGUCACCUACCUUGGGAUCUCCUGCCUCUUGAUAUACAGAAAGAUGACGGUUCUGCUAAACCCAAGGUUAUUUACACGUCACGUAAUCCAAAAGACAUGGUAGUGUCUUACUACCAUUACUGCACGUUGGUCCACGGCCUGAAGGGUACAUUUGAGGAGUUCUGUGACAUCUUCAUGAGAGACCGCGCACCGUUUGGACCAGUAUGGAAUCAUAUACUGGGUUUUUGGAAUAGACGUCAUGAUCCAAACCUCCUCUUCAUCAAGUUUGAAGAAAUGAAACGAGACUUACCUUCAGUGGUGAAGAAGACCGCUGCCUUCCUCGGUAAAACGAUGUCUGAUGAGCAAGUCUUCAAACUCUGCGAUCACCUCUCCUUCCAGAACAUGAAGACCAACAGAGCUGUAAAUCUUGAAGCUAUAUUAGAGAAAUCAUUCGGAAGAAGUUAUUUGGAAAAAACUGAUUUAAGAUUUAUAAGAAAAGGAGAGAUAGGUGAUUGGAAGAAUUAUAUGUCUGAUGAUUUAUCUAGAAGAUUCGAUGAUUGGGCUGAAAGACAUCUGAAAGGGACCGAGUUAAGUUUCGAAUAA